AAACAACAACAACCCCAAACAAAAUUAUAGGCUCUUAAGUUUCAGGAAUUUCACUUUUAAAUGAUUAGAUAUUUUAUGGUUGCAAUUGGCAAGCAAUCAGCCAAUAGUUUUCCCUAUAUAGGCUUGAUAGAAACAACUGGUGCUGGCAUACAGUAUCAACUUCUUUGUAGACUGUUUCUGUUUAUUGUCAUUCAGCUCUUUAUGCCAAGCACAACGACAUGGAAAAUUUUGCAACAUGGGGGGAAAACAACAACCUCAAAGAAGUUUACAAAAAGAGUUGCUGAGAAGAUGACAUGGAUUGACCAAGGAACAUGACAUUCGUAUCUUCUGACAUUCGGCACUGUGGAACUUGGUUGAUCAGGCUUAGCAUGGGAACAGGUGCCUCCAUUUCGAUCUGUCAGUCGUUAUCCUCUGUAGAAAUUAAGUACUGCAAAAAUAAAGUUGGACCACAACCUCAGAGAACUUUUGGCAUUCCUCUUGACUACUCUGCCCAAGAUGAAACUCAGUAUCCUGUUCCAUCCAUUGUUAAGCACUUGGUGGGAUAUUUAGAAGAGUUUGGUCUGAAUCACAAAGGCCUAUUUCGGAUCAGUGGCUCAGUGACCAAAAUCAAAGUGCUGAAGCAGAAGUAUGACCAAGGAGAAGAGGUGGAUCUUGUUAAUGAAGGAGAUGUCAAUUCCAUUGCCAGCCUGCUUAAACUCUUCCUGAAUGAGCUCCCAGUCGCUGUUCUCCCAGACAAUCUGUGCACCAAUAUUUUUGCUACUUUUGAAGAUAAUAAAAACUACAUGGCAGAAUGCACAAGAUGUCUAAAAAGGCUAUUAAGCAGCCUACCGAAAGCCCACUAUAGCCUUUUCCAUUUCCUUAUUAGAUUUCUGGUCAAAGUGGCAGCAUAUAGCGAUGUGAACCACAUGACAAUGGAGAACCUUGCCAUUGUUUUUGGCCCCACCCUUUUCCGAAUUCCUUGCAGCCCCUCAGCUCAUGAAAAACAAACAGUAUGCAAUGCCAUUCUCCUACAUUUUCUUCAGCACCAUGAGGAGCUAUUUGCGGACUGCCCUGACACUCAUUUCUCACUGACAGAGGCAGGUGACCCCCAGAUUCUCUCCCCUGCCCCACUGUCCCAAGGGCCGACACAACAGACAGAGGAAAUCCAUCAUCCAUAAUGUACGCGGCAAGCAACCUAAGACUGGCUGGCCCCUUCCCUCCACUUGGUGUCAGUAUUGUGUUUUUGAAUAUCACUGUUCCACUUGGUGGCAACUGGCUGGAUUUUAACUUGCAGUUUUCAAGGAAAUAUAACAAGGAGUCUGCCAACUCCAUCGAGCAAAGGGAAUAUUUUCUCAAUUCAGCCUCUU